AUGUCGAACCCUGGUCAGAUCUCGCCGCUCCGUCCUGUCACUCACCAUAUAACCGGCCACAAUGCGGCCGGCAAAGCCAUCAUCCACUCCUCCUCUCCGGGCGAAUGGAAGUCUUUCGAGGCAAAGGACAUGGCCUUCGACGUUGUGUACACCACUUCCGAUUUCCCCGCCAAUCUGAACAACGACGCCGAUCUCGCGGCUCAUAAACAGGUUAUGCAGUCCGAUAAGCUUGGUCUGGUCAAUCCUCGAGGCACGGUCUGUCGCAUCGUGGACUUUGCCCCCAACAACAAAUGUAUUGUGCACCGUACGCAGAGCUUGGACUACGGUAUUGUGCUGGAGGGAGAAAUUGAGAUGUUGGUAGAGGAGGGAGAGCCCGUGCGGAUGAAGCGGGGAGAUGUCGCCAUCCAACGCGCUACAAUGCACGGCUGGCGGAAUACCAGUGACUCCGAGUGGGCGCGUAUGGUGUUCGUGUUGCAGGAUUGUCAGCCAUUGACUGUGGGCGGCACCACGAUGAGGGAGGAGUUGGGAAUCGCGACCGGCGUCCUAAACCCGAGCGGGAAUGAUCAGUAA